AUGGAUGGCAUUAAUUUAGAAGACGCCGAGGAGUUUGGGUUAUCAGUGCGUAAUUACGACAAGAGACACGAGGCAUUGCUGACCGAGCCGAUAAUCAACAAGCAAAACAGCGAUGAUGUAACCCAUAAUGUGUAUUUUUCACCAGAGCUAGUCAGCCCGACAAUUAUACCAUACAGCCAUAACGGAGACCCCGGACAAUCUGCAGAAUUAUCCGGUCUUACGGAGCUUACACAGCGAGUGGGCCGGGCUCCAUACCUAGAACAAUUAUUAUCGCGAGACACGGCGUGGGAUGAUUUGCUGAAACGUACGACUGUGGAUGACGUGGAGGGAGAAGCGCCUGGAUCCAAUAAACGUUUUAAACCAGCGAACGCGGGGGGCGCAGUGGUGGCUGACGCCCAAAUACAUGAACAAGUCUUCAACACAGACGGUGGAGGAUUGGCGCAGCUGUUUGAUGACAACUACCGCUGGUCUGAUGCAGAUGUAACAUUAUGGGACCAAGUAGUGUUUGGCGGUGAAUCGGGGUACUGCACGCCCGAGCCAAUACCUGUGGAUGGUGGUCAAACACCCGCCGAAGAGAGGACAACCGACGUUGUGAUAUCUGCCCCUGCGACAGACGUGGAUGUAGUGAGCAAUCAGAACUGUGCUAUUGGACUGUUGACAUCCACACCAACUAAUCAUACACCAGUGACGACACGCCAACCCCCGGAUAUACAGCCCCCAACCACGGCCCUCAGGUAUGCGCGGGGUACUACUACCAAUGCUAAUGUGGUUAAUACAUGCAGUGUAGAUAAUACUAAUCAGCUGCAUAGACAAUUAGUGGCUCGUGUGAAUUAUUUAACCCAUCAAGCACGUAACGAUAGAAUUGCUAGAGCUAGUUUGGAUAGUGAGCUGAGCGCCGUAAAGGCUUUACUGACAACAUUAGUUGAUGAUGUAGGCGUUGUGAAGGCGAACCUGGUGAAUCAGAAUGUAGAUGUGAAAAGUAUGGUCUCGCUUAUCAGAGAACUUCAUAAUAUAGGGACCGUGGAUUGGAAUGCUAUGGGUCGAGCCAUACUAGGUUUUGAAAGAGACUCUACGGCUGUAAUAUGA